UCCGGCCCCUCCCUCCGCCCGCCCGCAAGCAGGUCGGCUCGACACGUGUCCGGGCGCGCUCUCCGUUCACACGUGCGGCCGGGCGGUGGGGAGCCAUGGAGAGCUUCCUGGCAGGCUGCAGGGCCGCCCUUCAGGAUCACGUUCAGAGCGGAAGGGCUGUCCAUGUGGUGCUGGGCAACGAGGCUUGCGAUCUCGACUCCACGGUCUCCGCUCUGGUCCUCGCCUACUUUUUGGCAAAGACCUCCCCGGACCCCAAGGCGGCCUUCGUCCCCGUCCUCAACAUCCCACGGUGUGACUUUCCGCUGCGCACCGAGAGCACCUUCCUUCUCCGCCAGCAACGUAUCCCCGAGGACGUCCUCGUUUUCCGGGAUGAAAUCGACCUGGCGGGGCUGCAGGAGGCCGGGCUGCUCUCCCUGACUCUGGUGGAUCACCACAUCCUGCCCAGCAAGGACUCAGCGCUGGAGGCCUCCGUGGUGGAAGUGAUGGACCACCGACCCCUGGAGUGGAUGAGGCCCCCUCUCUGCAGGGUGACGGCUGAGCCGGUGGGCUCCUGCACCACCCUGGUGGCCGAGAGGCUCCUCCAAGCACCGGUGCCAACCUUGGACGGGCAAAUUGCCGCACUGCUCCACGGAACCAUCUUGCUGGAUUGUGUGAACAUGGCUGUGGAAGCCGGCAAAGUCACCCCGAGGGACGCCUUUUGCGUCUCUCAGCUGGAGUCCUCGUUCUCCGAGCUGCAGCCGAGGAACCGUGUCUUCGACGCCUUGCAGAGAGCCAAGUUUGAUGUUUCAGGCCUCACCACGGAGCAGAUGCUGAGGAAGGACUUGAAAACCCUCGCCGGGAAAAAAUCCACCGUGGCUAUCAGCGCCAUCUACAUGAGUCUCCAGGAUUUCUUGCACCGGCCGGGGGUCGAAGAGGAUCUGGCUUCCUUCUGUCACCAGAAAGGCUUCGACCUCCUCAUCGCUAUGGCCAUCUCCUUCGGCGACCACAAGAAGCCGUUCCGGCAGCUGGCGGUGUACAGCCCGAAAGCCGGAUUGCAAGAGGCGGUGUGCCAAGCCUUGGAGCGCUGUAGCAACCCGUCCCUCGGCCUGUCGCAGCUGGAGACCCCCUGCCCCACCGUCCGCGCCUACCAGCAGGGCAACUCCGGUGCCUCCCGCAAGAAAGUCCUUCCCAUCGUCCGGGAAUUCCUGCACCAGUGGGACGGACCCCGUCCCAGCAGCCCCAGAAUGCAGCCGGAGCUCUCCCGUUGUGUCCCGCCCACCAGGGGGGACGCCGGUAGCCGUGAUCCCAGCGGAGGUGCCAAGGAUGCCCCGAAGCCCCCCCGCCCGGGCGAGGAGGCGGCUGAAGAAGACACCCUGCUGCCCCCCACCCCCAUGAACAGCCUGGUGGACGAGUGUCCCCUCCACCGGGGUCUCCCCGAAGUCUCGCCCGAGGCCAUCUUCGAGAGGGUCAACCGCAUUGCCAACGAUCGCUCCUUGGGCGGCCGCAGCCCGGAGAAGAAGUGAAACACCCCCCAAAAAAAUACAGAGGGACUCUCGGCCAGGGCCAGGAGGGAGGGGGGGGGUCGCUGGGGGCUGAAAACGCCGUUUUUUGAAUUAACUGGACACCCUCUAUGAUUAAUCUCCAUGGCAAUGAAUGGAAAGGAAGGAUGGGGGCAUUCAUAGCCAAUAAUGGGGAGGGGGGGUUGAGAUUAAACUGAACCAUCUGUUGCAAAGUUGCAGAAUUCUGAUUCGGGGGGGGCAGUGGGGGGGGGGAAUGUCACGUGUCUUUCCAGCACCCCAAAUCUUUUUUUUUUCCUGGCAAAUUCAUCCGUCCAAACGGCCCCCCAAUGGGUUUGCGUGGAACAUGAUAUAAAGGCUCUUGAGUGUUGUAAUAUAGUUCCUUACACUUGAGAAAUGUUUUUCUUGGUGCUUGUUGAAGAGGGAAACGUAGCUCAGGCGCUGUUGGGGCAACGGGGAUGACACCCGCUCGGUCCCCACCUCAACAUGUCCCCCAGAGCUGCAAUUUUUAAAAUUAUUAUUUGCAAAAACGAAGCAAAAAAAAAAACUUGGAGUGUACAAAAAUUUCACGAAGUACCCCUGUGCUUGCACAAAAUGUAAAAAAAAA